AGUUAUUUUCCAUAACUAAAGGAUGUGUCUGAACUUGAUAUUUGAAUGAACACAACGUUGUUUUUUGACUGUUCAUCUUAGCCACCGAUGUGACUCAUCAGUAUCGCUAAUUAGACAUCUUCUGUGAGUCAUUGUCAGUGGAUAGCCUUCAACUGAACGCAACAAGCGAAACGCGCAUCUUGUCUAGCAUUUAUACCGACUGCUUUUGCAAUACGGCUAUCCUCAAAUAGAUACAGAAACCAUGUUCGCAAUGUUUAAGUUACUGCCUUGUCCGGACAGACAUCGUAUUACUGUGGUAUUGAUCGUGCCAGUUGUUAUUUAUUCACAUAGCGUUUGCUUCAUUCCAAAUGUGCAGUUUUCUUGGUGUAGUACUUCUAGUUUUCCAACAGUGUGUAUUCAGAAGAAUGAACAGAAGUGCGUAUGUCAAAGUGUUUCCAGGAUAAAUGUGUUCAGGCCCCAGGGGUGGGUCCCAUGGUGAAGGUGCUGAAGACACCCCCCUUGGGAAAGAUGGAGGCUCCAGCCACGCCCUCGCCGUCAACCGCGGCAGGUCCGUCCCAGCCGUGGCCCCUGGGGGAGCGCCGCGGCCGGAAAUCCGGCUCCUCCCACAUCUUCCGGGGCGUGAGCCUGCAGCAGCUGCGGGGGCUGUUCCGCACGGCGGGGGACCAGCAUGCCGAGCGGCGGGCGGAGCUGGUGUGGGGGCAGGGCGACGCUGCCAAGCUGGCGCAGGCCCUGAUUGGCCUGCGGACGCAGAGGAGGCGGAGCAGGCUGCGAGCUGAGGUCACCAGGGAGGCCCCUGGACCCGCGUGGCUCGCUGAGUUCGGACAUCUCAGGAUAAAUGAGGGUGUGUUGAGCAGCCCAAAUGAAGACAGCAUUGUGGAGAGGGAAACAGAACAGGACAGAACAGACCUGCAGGGGGCAGCGGAGAGCCAGGGGGAAACUGCAACCGCGGACCACCCCGCCAGCUCAGAGCGGCCCCAGGCCACGCCCAAGGGGCGUCUGUGGGGCGGGGCUGGGUCACGGAAACAGGGAGGGGAGAGGAACUCUGAACGCUACCUCCACCGAAUCUUACACUGACAGGACAGUGCACCCCCUGGCCUAGCAGAUUCUACAAACUAACCAGACCGUUCCUACAUCCCUUCAGUACUCCCACUCACUUAGGUACGGGAGGCUCUGGUCAGUUCCAGGUGUUUACGGUGCUUCCAAUAGUCUAUUGUCCAUUGUGUUGUCCUUCAUCACACUCCUUGAUAUAUUUUUAAAACCAAUUUUAAUGUGUUGGGAAUCAGUUGAACAGAAAGGAGACUGAAGAUUCCAUGUUAAGAGUACAAAGUUGAGUAUCUGGUAUGUCUAUGACAUCUAGGACUCCACCUCCACCAGGACUGACGGUGACAGACGGGACAGUGGAAAAUUUUCUUUUGCUUUUCCUCACUAAGUGACAGAUUCAUUUAUUAACAAUUCUAGAAGUAGUUUAUGUUGAACUGGGUACAAAAACCUUUUUGCUAUCAGAUGACAGAUGUAGACGAGCCAAUGUACUGUAGAAAAAAAAAAAGUGUUCUUAUGAAAUCAUUUGUUUGACCGUUGGUUUUAACUUAUAGAAUUGUUUAUAGAAAACUAGAGCCUCUUAAAUAAUAAUAUUAGAGUAAUUCCAAUAAAUAAUUGAAA